AUGUGGGAGCGUAUCCCGGUGGGUCGUCCGGAGAAGCUUAGAGCGCGUGCAUGGACCGACUAUGGCGAAGAUGGCGACGAUGCUCGAUACCCGACCACCGCAUACGCUUGGGACGUGGUGGGUACAAUCUCGGGUGAAUCCAAGGCCUUGUACAAGAUCUUCAUCAACGAGCUUGAUGCUCUGAUGCCUCUCCAGGUUAACUGGUGGCUGUAUACUGAUGACCGAGAGUGGGGGUUCGAGCUGAACGUGUUGUGCAUGCAGGACCGGCUUCUCUGGCGGUGCAUCGUGCCCAUGAUUUGUGUCUAUGCCGUCGAGUACCACUUGCCACAGCGCGUUACCGCGCAAUUUGGUGAGGCGCAACGUACACCACCAGCCGGCAUCGUCAAAGAUACCGGUGGCUACGACCUGCACUUGCUGAGCAGGAGGAAGAAUCAGUCUAUCACCGAUUGGGGAGAGCAACAUGCCAAAUACGUGAUUGAAUGGAACCAGUGGAAAACUCGCAAAGAUGUGGAGAGAAGAGUGAUUGACUGGGAGGAGUACUCGGAUCACCUGCUGUGGUUCGACGAUGGCAUCAAGCAUCGUCUGCGCCUAAGGCCACAGUGGACGACGGCAGACGCCGAAAGUCUGUACGACGACGACUCCGAGAAUGAAGCCUACAAUGACAGCAUCAGAGAGCUACAUGGCGGAUUUAGGGAGUACGGACCCAUCAUGAACAGAGUGUCUUCGGAGCUGAACAAAAGCAUUUUUGAUGCCUCUGAUGCGCUUAGUUCUAUCCCCGGGACUCGAGCUAGUGAGAACAAGUUGAGGGGAACAGUGAAGAAGUUCGUCAAAAAAUGUCGCAAGCUUGUGGGCCUGCUUGGGCGUGCCACCUCCUCCGCUGAUGUGAUUGCUCAUGCAGCAUCGAUGUGUAGCCUCACUUCAUCGAGCCAGGCCGCCUCAUCGUCUAUGGCGGUUCAAGAUGAUGAGGAGGGUGAAGACAAUGAUGAUGAAGAGGAAGAUGAAGAAGAAGGCGAGGAAGAGGGAGCAGAAGAACAUGGUGAAGAAGAGGAAGAGGACGAUGAGGAGGAGGAGUACGAUGAUCCCGACGGACCUCCACCAACUCAGACAACCCAGCGUGAGAAGAGAAAUGUGCCGAAGAAGGAUUGGAAGAGUCCAUCCCCGUUUCAGAAAGCGCGUCCUACUCAUCGCAAGAAGGCGGCCGAGAAGCGAUCAAAGAACAACGAGGACCGGACCGCGAAGAGGGGAAGAAAUGACUGA